AUGUUGGCGUGUGAAAACAUUCGAGAUCGAAUGCGAAUACUUGGAUUAAAUCAUUCAACUGUUCCCAUCAUCAGUCAUCUCGUUUAUGGUUACUCUCUUUUUGGAAAUAAAGAAUUGGCUUCGAUUCAUGCAUGUCGUCUUCAACAACUCACUGGUCCCGAUUCACCACGUCCGUACUACUUUAUCAUGAGAGCUCAUUUUAAUCAUGCCUACAGUAUUCAACUGGUUCAAACUUAUCAUGAUAUGCAAUCAAAAGGCAUUCGGCCUGAUAGUCACGUUCUUGGCAUUCUUUGCAACUAUUUCGCAAAACAAGGCGAACUGACUAAAUUUUGGCAGCAUUAUCAUAUGUAUCAGAAACUCAACAUCCCAAAACAUAUAUCCAUCUACAAUCUUGCACUAGCAAUCCAAAACCAAAAUGGUGAUUACUUGAAAACUGAAACCCUUUUUAAAAAAAUGGUUGCAAAAGGUAUUGCUAUAAAUCGACCCACUUUCGACGAACGAUUCAUUGCUUGGGUGGGAUCUCGCAAACGUACUUUAAUCUGGCGCGAAUACGCUCAUAUGCUAUCCAAUGGUAUUCUUCGUAAAAAAUCAAAUCUAUCGUUUUGUAAAUAUCUUGGUAAAAUCAAAUCAGUACCACAUAUUCAAUACUUUAUUGAGCAAGCCACUGCAAAUCAGAUUAAUGUAUUGGACUUUUUACCAGCUUUGGUCAGUGGAUAUGCUGGACUGGGUGAUGUUAUAUCCACUCGCCGUUUAAUCAUAUACGCUAAUCGGUAUCUUACCACCAACAAAGUAUCAAUGCAUGGCCAUGAAUGGGUUUUGAAAGCAUAUUGCAUAGCUAUGGAUCUAGAUGGUGCAACUAAAUACUUGACCCGAUCUGGAAUCGAAUUGAAAAUGUUUGACUUGGCAAGCUUAUACUUGCUAUUUAAACUGGCAGUUGAACAAUGUGGACCCACAAGUUCAAAAGUCGAGUUUGUUGCCGGAAUGAUCCAGUCCGUAUACAAACAUGUUUCGUUGGAUAAAUUACUCCAAGAAUACAAAAUAACCAAAUGCUAA